AUGGAAGGAAAUUCUAUACAUCAUUUUAACAUCACAAGGGAACUGGAUGUGAAGGACAUCUGGUAUUGGCAUGAAAGGAUUACCGAAGUUAAAAUUUAUGUAAAGGGUAUUGCCAAGCAACCAGAUGGUCGAGCAAUAACAGAAGCUUACAGUGGUUCUGGAGACAUACCUGAUUAUCUUAACUCAAAUGAGACAAAGUAUUUAAUCAACAGCUUCAUUGCCAUUAUUUGCAUUUUGGGGCUUUUGGGUAUUGGGUAUGUCAUCUGGCUUCUUGGCUUCAAAAUUAAGAGGAAUCUUUUCACCACCUAUGUUCUGAACCUUUCCAUUGCUGACUUCGCUGUCCUUUUAUCUCUAAUCAGUACUGCUGCAUUUGCUACUGCCCUUCGUGUGACGAGUGAAUCUCACAUUCUCAACAGUGUUUUUCUAUUAUUUUUUGAACUCUUUUGCUUCACAUAUUCCACCAGUCAAUAUCUACUGGCAGCUAUCAGCGUUGACAGGUGUGUAGUUGUCCUCUUCCCACUUUGGCAUCGAUUUGACCGGGGACCAAACUCAUCUGCCAUCAUAUGUGCUAUAAUAUGGAUCUUCUCCUUCCUGCUUUCUGCAAUCCAUUUCGCUCUCCGCAUGACUGGCAGAUUUGGGGCGUCCCUUUUACACUACCAGCUGCUUGUAAAUGCUCUGCUUUGUACGCCUCUGAUGUUCAUCUCUUCUCUGAUCCUGUUCAUCAAAGUCUGCUGUAAAGCACAACAACGCAAGCAAGGAAAACUCACCACGGCUAUCUUGCUUGCCCUCCUUUUCUUUCUCAUCUUUGCUUUCCCACUGAAUGCAGUUUAUGUUAGCUAUUGCUAUUAUUUCCCCCACCUUCACAGUCUCAUGCUCAUCGGCUUUGGGUGUUCUUCUGUAAACAGCAGCAUCAACCCAAUCAUUUAUUUUUUAGUUGGAAGGAGAGGACGGAAGAGUCCUUCCAGGGUAUCCAUGAGAGCUCCAAUCUCAAGGGUGUUUAAGGAUGUGGGAGACUGUACAGAAGACAUGAAAUCCAGAACAGAGAUCAAAGUUAUGAUUUGA